ACACUGCAUUCGAGGAGGAUGAAAGCACUGCAAGAAAAAUGAGGAGAGAAGAGGCUCACGAAAUGUUUGUGAGAUAUCUCGGUGAAGGAUAUGAUAUUACCGAAAUUAUGAAAUCAGUUGAGGGCACAUCCAAAGAUCAGAAUAAAAUUAAUCGAACAUUUAUACACCUUGAUAUCCUUGCAGUUGACUCCAAAAUGUACAGACGUUUUAUUAUCCUGCACAUACAAAUCGAUUUUGAUGAAUUGCUCGGAGCUGUUGGCAUUCAGAAAAACUCAGAAUGGUUUCUGCUGCACUUUCAAUUAUGCACGAGAAGCAGACGAUAUACCCAGUUCAGCUGAUACGAAUGACUACGUUAAGAUACGUUCAAAAAAGAUAGGCAUCCCCGGUGUAGCCAAUGGUUUGACAGUGAUACUUGAACCAUUCGUGGAAGACUAUCUCUUUCCAUUUCUACCAACGACCGGAUGGAUGAUAACUAUAUUCAAUCCUGGAGAUUAUCCAGAUAAUACGAGUGGAGGUGUAUCAGAGGCAAUAGUUGCCCCAUCAUCUGAGAGUUUUUUAGAACUCGAUGUUAGUUCUUUCUACAGUGAAAAUGAAAUUCGAUCAGUCUCAGCUAAUCGUCGAAAGUGUAUGUUCACUGAUGAAUCUAGUGAUAUGCAAACGGGAUACACUUAUAGUGAUUGUAUAGUUGAUUGUCGAGCUACAGCUAUUUGGAAAGCGUGCAAUUGUCGGCCUUUCUUCCUGCCAAGACGUGGUAACGAUGAAUAUUCCCGGAAGGUUUGUAACACAGAGGAUGAGCCAUGCCUUCGAGCCCACAAAAGUGCCUGGUGGUCUGUUUUACCACACACUCCCGAUGCUGAGGAAUCCUCGAGUUACGAUAAGGCGAUUGGCGAUGGAAAUGAGUUUCUGAAGUGUACAAAUUGUUAUCCCGCGUGUACAGACACUCACUAUUAUCUGCAAAUGCAAGCAACUCCACUCGAGC